AUGUCUCAAAGUAAUGAAACUACCAGCUCCUUUGAGAACCCAGACAUCCGGGUAACAGACUCACACAUCUACUUCCUUCGCGGCGUCCUCUCAAACUGGCACCCCAGCCCUGAGCCAUUCUCCGGAAAACGAGCCCUCGAACUGUGUCUUGCUCAGCUGGACGAAUUGAAGAUACCUCAUCCGGACGAAAAUGCCAUAUCUACGCGGCUUCUCCAGGCGUUCUCCUUUCGCCGUGGCGAGCAAUGGAUGAUGGCUCUCAAAGCCUGGCUCUUCGAACGCGAUUCAAUUCCACUCGGCGAAUCAAUCGAAGACCUCGACGAGAAAUCAUUUGAUGAACUCCAAGACGAUAUGCUAAGCAUUAAACCACUCCCUGAGACGGCGGAUCCUCAACGAAAAGGCCUCUGGGAAUCAUCCCUCUGUCGCAUUAUGCGCACAAACUCGCCCAAGUCACAGAAGAUGCUGGGUCGCAAGGUGCCGAAUUUCGACGAUGAACUGUGGACAAAGGCGUCGAAGCCGAUCGUGUUUGCCGGUUGUGUUGCGCGUGCAGAGGUGGAUUCUCAGCUGAAGGAGCUAUACUUGACUAGUGGCGAGAGAGUAUUUGUUGAGGGGAGUCGGAACGAUCGAGUAUGGGGUGUUGGAUUAGACUGGAAGAGCAAAGAAAUUCUGGAUGACACGAAUUGGCGGGGGACAAAUCGGCUCGGAAAGGCGCAUAAUGAGGCGGCGAUAUACCUGAGGAACAGCUCUUGA